AUGACCACAAAAAACCGAUCAAAGAACAGCGAGAAGAGCGCAGCGUCCAGCCAGGAUGACGCGCCUAAGAAAAGCCAGAAAAGUAGCGGUGCCACCAACGGGGUGAGUGGCCCCGAGGGGCCGCAGGGGCCCCGCUCAGGUAGCUGUCUAGGGCUUCUUGUAACCACGGUAUUUUAUAUCGCUAUGAUAGGGGCUGCUGGGUUUGCAGCUUUUUAUUUACAACAAGUUGUGGAGGAAGUCCGACAGAUUCAUGCAAAGCAUGAAGAGAGCGCGCGGCGAAGCGGAGAGAUGGGCACCAAAAUGGAGAGCUUCGUUCAACAGGUGGAGUCACUCCGAAGCAAUGUGGACGGGCUGGAGUCAUCACUGGGCAUCACACGGGUGGAGCUGGAGGCAGCAGUGAGCCGCAUGAAGAGGGGCGAGUUAGAGACCAGGAGGGUAGAGGAGGCGCUCCAGAAGCUCCAGAAUGAUCUCAUCAGGGAUCUGUCGGAGGGAAUCAGGGAAGUCAAGGAGGCUCGAGAGAAGGACUUCUCCUCUCUGGAGACGACCGUGGAAGAGCGCCUGGCUGAGGUGAGCCAGUCCAUCUCCGCCAGCGUGGCUGAGUUCGCAGAGGGUCAGGGAGAAGCCCAGCGGCAGCUCGCUGACCUCAAAGCCCGUCUGAGCGACACAGCAGACCCCACGCUUGUCAAACAGGAGCUCUCCGCCAUCGUUGAGGUUGUAGCUGAAAUUAAAACAGCCAAAGAAGCAGCAGAUGAUACUACCAAUUCCCUCAGAAUGCAGAUAAGUUCUGUGAGAGAAGAGCUUCAGACACGCAACAAGGAGGUCACCUCUCUGUCUCAGGAGCUCGAAUCUGUGAGGUCGGUGGUGCAAGAGACCGCCGGGAGCCUGAGGGAGUCUCUAUCUGCAGCGGAGGCUGGAGUGCAAGGCCUGGGGGAGCAAACUGUGAACCUGCAAAGCAGCUUGGAGCAGGUCACCGAUGCUGUCCGCGCUGUCGAGGAGCGAGCGAAUGCAGCAGCAGCUCAGGCCCUGAGAAGAGCUGAUGAUCUGGAGACCAGGGUUAAACUGUCAGAGGAAAACAGCGAUACGCUGUCUGCAUCACUGUCAGACCUCAGCAGUAAGGUGGAAGGGCUGCUUGCCAAAUACGACGGGCAUGAAAGCAGCUUAUCUGCACAGGGGGAGGCAGUGGGGAGAGUAAAAAAUGAUCUAAAACAAGAGCUGGAGGAUUUAAAAAGCCGUAUGGAGAAGCUUCAGUCCAACAUAGGUCUGAGUGGAGAGGAAACUAAGCUAGCUUCAGAGAGCUCCACUCCUCUGCAGGUGGAGCUGGAGAGCUUAAGAACAGCAGUUGAAGAAGUGAGGAGCGAAGUAGCAACGUUAGAAAGCCACGAUCUUGCCAUUCGCACUCUAGAGAAGGCCUUGCAGGAGACCAAGCAGGAAGUUGAUGGUUUAACAGGAGCUAAGCGAGAUGAAGGACAAAGCAGCCUGGAGGAGCUGCAGAACAAAUUAGCUGCUUUCGUUGAAGCCCAGAACCAGUUAACAGCAAAGAACACGGGUUUGGAUGAGCAGCUGGAGGAGCUGGAGAAGAGACUGACUGUUUUGGAGGACAGAAUAUAGAUCACCUGUAACACAAUGAGGCGUUCACUGCCUUUCAGGAAGAGAGAAAAACACCAAAGACUAUCAUGUAAUGUCACACCACAAUGCCUGAACAGGAGACAAAAGCUCCACAGUAGAAUUUUAAGAUGUAAUUUCAAAAAGGUGGCAUGGAUGUCUUGAUGCUGUAAGUCUUGUUAGAACAAAAAUAAUAAGAGGAAACAAAGAAAAAAGAACUGCUGAUCUGUGAAGUUCAAACCUACAUUCUGCACUGUAGUUUCAUUCUCUGAUGUUUGUGUUCUUAUUUUUUUUAUUUUUU